AAACUCCCGCUUCUCAGCUCCUGACAGCCAUUUGCAUGAAAAAACAAAGUUGUUACUUGAGAACUGACAUUAAAGUUGUAAGUUCAACAACUGUAAUUGUUGUAAUUCAUAUUUAUAGUCCUAUGUUGCUGCUUACACAUUCAAGAAGUUGCUUUAUCUUCUUUAGACUUUCUCAAAUUAUUGAGUACAAGGAUACGACGAGUUACAAAGUCGUAGUUCUCAUCAAGUAUACUCGCUGGAUAUAUGAUCGAGGCAAGAUGUCUCCUAGUCAAGGGUAUUUUUCUUUUACAACUACUUAUGAAUGUUGUGUGAUUACAAUUACUUAUGGGGUCACUGUGUUUCUUAUGUCCACAUGGAUCGCUGAAUACGGUUAUGCAUCUAUGUAUAAGAAUGUCUAUUCGUUGACUGCAAGUGAAAACAAUCGUAAUGUUUGCGAACUGCUGGAUGUGCCCAAGAGGACUGUCAACAGUACUAUGCUCCUGGUGCAUCUUCAUGCUGCAGUUAAUCUACUGUCGCAACUAUGGCAUGAUGCUGGGUACCUGAGAUGGAAAUUCAGAUUGGUCACCACUACUUUAUGGAGAAUAGAAAAUGGUACUAGUCCUACGGGUUAUAUCUGGUUAGUGUUUGACAUAGGAAAAGUGCAGUUCACUAAGAAGGCACCUGAUCUGUUUCUGAACCCGCAUGCUGUGCUGACAAAGGAAUGUCACUGGACAAAUUUCAUUUCAGAUUUCAGGAAACUUCCAAAAAGCGGUGAGAUGUUAACCAACUUCUAUCUGCAGUGGCAACUUUGGUUGUUAGGACUACACCUGUGGCUAUGGUACGUCAUUUUUCUACCAUACAUGGAGUUUUUUGUUCAUCUCUCAGCAGCUAUGCGUCUUCUUACUGGUGCCAAUUCUACUAGUGCUUCCCGAGCUGCGAACUUUAUGAUUCUGAACAUGCUGACCCACGUUUGAAUAUCAUGUUGUACCCGAUAUGAUGAGAAGCGAACUUGGCAGCUUGAUUCUCAUCCUUGAGGACAAGGAUGUUUCUAAGGAGUGGGGAAUGUCAUGUACCCGAUAUGAUGAGAAGAGGGUGUCCCUUAUCACAUUCAGUGUCAAUACUUAGUAUUAGGCUUAUUAGUAGUAAGUAGCUUAUUAUUAGGUGUCUUUAGUAAUUGUGAUAGUGGAUCUAAUGUAACUACCUGGGAGCUAUUAAGCCGUUGGAUUCUAGAAUAGUGAGUGAGGGCUUUAUAAGCUAUUGGUAGUGAGUGAGGGAUUUAUAAGCUAUUGGUCAUGUAAUGAAUCUCUCAAUCCAAAAUUUAAUCAAAUUAA